AUGGAGGGUGUUACAAUCACAGGCGUAUCCAUUGUUGAAAAUUGCAAAUGGAGGGUUUAUGCAUCAGUUCAUAAAUCAGACAAGUUAUUCGGCAUUCGCAAAUGUAUUCUUGAGCACAGUUGUGGUGAUACUACUCUUCGUACAAGGGGUCAUCACAAAGCCGAUGCUACGUGGAUUUUGCAACUUAUGAAACAAAAAUUGAGAGAUGAGCCAGGUUACAAACCAAUUGCUAUUUUGAAUGAGGUCCAAAGAAAGUACGGUGUGGAGCUUAAGUACUAUACGGCGUGGAGAUGUAAGGAAAAAACAAUGUAUGACAUUCAUGGCGAUGAGUCGAACUGUUAUGAUAAACUGACACGUUAUUGUCGUGCAUUAAAACUUAAUAACCCUGGUAGUUGUGCCGAUUAUGAGAUUGACCCUCAAACUCAAAAGUUUCUUCGGAUCUUUAUUAGUUUUGGAAAUUCUAUUUUGGAUUUCCACCGUGGGUGUAGGCAAAUGAUAUGUUUGGAUGGGACUCAUAUUAAAAAUAAGUACAAAGGUUGCUUACUUUCUGCUGUGUCCAAAGAUCCAAAUGAUGAGCUGUACACAUUGGCCUAUGCAAUUGUUGAUGCCGAGAAUGAUAGAAAUUGGGAGUGGUUUUGUAAUAAGCUGAAAGAGAUUCUUGUUUAUCAAAAUGGGGGUUUAUUGAAAAGUUACACAAUUUUCUCUGAUCGUCAUUCGGGGCUUAUUAAAGCCAUUCCACUGGUAUUUCCUGGUAGCAACCAUGCUUAUUGUUUCCGACAUUUGGAGGAUAACUUUAGAACAAAGGUUCUAAGAUCGUAUCCAUUGCAAUACAAAGCAUAUUGGGUGAGUAUUCUACAUAAGGCUGCAAUUGCUCCUACUCGGCAAGAGUUUGAGGAACAUAUUUCUCUUAUAGUUCAAUCAAUGCCUCGUGCAGAAUCAUUUAUCCGAGACUUGGAUCCCAAUCGUUGGGCCAAUGCUUACUUUUCUGGAGAUAGAUGGGGAAUAAUGAACAGUAACCAAGUUGACUGCUGGAAUGGUUGGGUUAAAGAUUAA